AUGAAGAUCUCCUCUGUGGUCUUCGCUCUCCUGACUCGAGCACUGCUUGGAGAAUUGUGUUUGGCCGUCAACGUCACCAUCACCCCUUCCCCCUUCACAGUGGCUCAGGAGGGUCAAAAUAUCACACUCUCCUGUGUCGUGUCCCAGCGGCGCCGCAACGCUGCUCUGCCAGUAGUAAAAUGGACCUUCCUGCCAGCAGGCACAGACCGGCCAGAGGACGAACUCCUCAUCGCCCGCGUCAACAUGAGGAAGGCCCGUUUUUAUGGCAACUACACUAAGAGUUUCCCUUGGCCCAAACUGAAGCUGACGGUGGUGAAGCAGGGGAAGAUCUUUGACCUGCUGAUCUUGAAUGUGUCUGAAGGGGACCGGGGGCUCUACAUGUGCCGGGUGCAGGAGUUUAAAAAGCACCAGGACCGCUGGAAGGCCUCAUCGAACUGCACCGCCGCUACUGAGCUCAGAGUGCAUGUCCUACCGGUCACCAAGGCCAAAGAAAGCCUGUGGAGCUUGUUUGAAGAUGUGUACCUGUGUGCAGUGCUGAUCUGCUCAGUGGGUCUGCUGUGUAUGUGCAUGUUCACGGUGACGGUAACCUGCCAGUACAUACAGAGGAAGCAGAGGUUAAAAGAUAAUUACCACUUGGUCAAAAGUCAGCAGAACAGCUCAGGAGAGACAGUCACCAGUGUGGUCAGUAUGUCUCCCGCUCUGCCUAAGAAAGAGAGGAGGUACAGGAAGAAAAGGAGCAGAGACUAUCAAGAGGAGAUACCACCAGAGAUACCAGCAAAAGCUCCCAUUGGAGACAAAACACGGAAACCCAAACUUUUAAAACCGCAACCAAGGAAAGUAGUGUUGCCAAAGAUAGUGGAAGAGAAUCUGACCUACGCAGAGCUGGAUCUGGUGAAGCCAAUUCCAGAAGCAAAAGCGUCAUGUAGCGGCACUGUGUACGCUCAGAUACUGUUUGGGGAGCAGCAGCUAUGAGAGAAACACACACACCACUAGUAACCCUGCCUUAUGUAAAAAGUAUUGUCUAUUUAUGGUCUGUAUUAUUUUGUAUUAAGAUGAUUUGUGAAGGGCAAAAUGUGUAAUGUCUCACAAUUAUUGUACAUAUGAUUUUAUAUGUUCUUUGAUAUAACUUACUUUUAUAAGACCAAGAUGCAAAAGGAAAUGUUUUGUAUACUGGAGUAUUUCAUGAGGAAUUUUUCUUUUGCACCCAUGUUUGAAUCCUGUGUAGUUUAAACACGGAACAGUUUAACAAUUGUAGAAGAGAUUGGAGAUUUGAAUUUGCAGGUUAAUCUGAGCCUUCCAGUUCAUAUCAAACAGGUUCCAAGUUGAAGUGCGAUAGAUAGUUGGUAUUGCUCUAAUGUCUGUGUGUUAAGUACGGACCCAGAAACAGGAGGUGAAUAGCUUAGCUUAGCAUAAAGAGUCAAAGCAGGGGAAAACAGCUAGCCUGACUCUAGCUAGCUAGCUGGCUAAGAUGGCUAGGGGAAGUUACGUGCUGUCACUGUUCCUUGAUGAAUGUCUUCCAGUUAUUUGCCACAAACAGAAGUAUGUACACUUAACUCGAUUUAAAACCACAAAUUGUUGUUUUUCCAUUUAUGUAUGUGUAUAAAACAAACAAGAUGCAAUGUGUUAAUUAUUGUGUUAACUGGUGAGCCUUAGAGGUGUUGAUAGGUUUAUUAUUGAACUAUGAAGAAAACCAGACUAGCUGUUUUCCCCUGCUUGGGACUUUCCCCAGCUAAGCUAAUUGCCUCCGGACUUUAGCAUAAUGUAGACAUGAAUAUCGGUAUUCUCAUCUAAGCUAUUUCUCAAAAUGUCAAAUCAUUCCUUUAAAUUCCUAAAUACACACUAUUCUUGAUGCUGACACUUGUCAUGCAACAAAAUGUCAUGUGAUAUUCUGGUCCCUGUGAAAUCUUUUGACAUUUCUUAAGGCAGCCAGUUAAUUCAUUUACACAGUGAAUUGUGGGAACCCCCAUCUAGAGAAAGCAGAUUUAUGAAGGUGAGACAAAAAAAAUGAAACACAUCCGCUUUUACUGGAUGUGAAUCAAUGCAUUUUCAAAUGUGAUUUACCUCUAGUGUGUUCCCAGCAUUGUCUGCCUCACAACAUCUGUGUUCAGUCUGUUUUUGUGUGUCAGGCCGCAGUUUACAAUGACCACAGCUCCACAGAGUUGAUAUUAAAGUAGCUAUUAGCCCUCCGACCUCCCCCCACAGGCGAGUAUGUGAGACCAUGCGAGCCCUUUCAUCUGGUGCCAACAUCAACUUAACAGGCUGUUGGCGACACACACACAAACAUAUAUACAUACAUACAAGGGUGGAGUUACAUGUAGGCUAAACACCCUUCAAACAUACAAAGGCACAUACUAUAAAACCAGAAGGCUGUAAACAACUGUGACACCUGAUCUACAUACAGGGGCAAACUAACAUCUGUGUCGACUAUUUCAACUUAAUGUAAGUCAUAGUUUACUUUGAAUGAAAGUUAUUUUGUUGUUUGAGAUGUGAUAAGAGCCAGAAGCCAUAUCAGUUGUAAUCCUGCAUACCUUCAUACGGUCUCCUUGCUUUCUCACUUUCCAUGAAUCUGAGUGUGAAAGUGCUUAGGCCUCUUUUUCCAUUUAAUGAUCCUCUGGAUUCAGGCAUGGAAAAGCAAAGGAGAGUUUUUUAAACAGUGAACUUGAAACCCAGACAGAAAGGCACCGGAUCCCUCCCUUCCCCCAAGACUCCCACUAUCUUGCGUGGAGUUAUCCAUGAAGAUUGGAGUAGUGGUAGAAGAUAUUUUACUUAAGCACCAAUACAACAAUGUUAAAGUACCUCAUUACACAUAAAAUUAUUUUCCUUAAGUAAUAGUACAGAGUAUUAUCAGCACAGUGUAAAAUCUCAAAGUGGAAGUACUCGUUCCACAGAAGAUUAGCUCCUUAGCGUGUUAUAUUAUUAUAUAUUACAUUAUUAGUUAUUUUUACUGAUGCAUCAGUGUGUAAGAAGUAUUUUACUUUUGCAUCACUUUGGUAGAUUAGUUCAGUGGUUUCCAACCUAGGUCUCCAAGGGCCACCAGAUAAAUAUAAGGGAUCCUGGGUUGAUUCAUGGGAGACAAAGGAAGGAAAAACAAAGCUCUGAUUCCUUUUUUAGGGACUUGAAUACAUUUUUGGGUUCUUUGGAUAAGUUUACAUUUUCAGGCCUCGAACUGUUAUUGAAAUGAAAUCAAAGUUAAAGGGGAAAAGUCACAUUUGUAGACAAGAUAACAACUCAUUCACAUCUGAAACAUGACAAGAGGACAGAUUUCAAAAACUUUGGGAACCACUGGUAUAUUCUUUAUAAUGUAUUUUAUAAGCUUAUUAAAUGUUUCUUAUGUAAAAUCUUUCAUUUGUUAACUAAUAAUUACGCAGAUACAACAUU